AUGCGCAAAGCAUUUACAUUUUUAUCUUCUUUAUCGAUUAUUAAAAAGUCUUCGGAAGAAAAAAAAGCCUCUACACAAGCCUCGUCUAAGACACAAAAAGCUAAUAAGAAAUCACAAAAAUCAAACUCGAAAAAUGCAAAAUCAUCACAAAGUAAAUCUUAUAACACAAACGGGACUUCUACAAAAAAUCAUAACAAUGACAAUAAUUCUUUAGAUAAAAUUAGAAAAAAUGAUUUAAAUAAACCAGCACCAGAUUUAAAAAGGUUGGAGCCUAUCACUGAAUUAAAAAGACAACAUUUACAAAGGAAAACAUCAAAUAGAUCAGCCAAUUCCGUUACCGUUUCUACAAAACCAAAUCGCCGGAGAAAAGCGUUUGUAAUAAUAAAAGACAGUGAUAGUGAGAGUACAAGCGAGGAUAAUGAAGACAAUGACGAAGAAAAUGAAGAAAACGAAAAAGAUGAUGAUGAAGAUGACAUUCCAUUGGGAUUAAGACAUCUUCGACCCACAAGUUUCACGAAAAAUAAGUCUCCAUCUUCACGUAAAAAUCACGAGUAUUUUGAUAAAGAAGUUCGAAUUAAAAAUACUUCAAGUAUGUUAUUGAAAAAUAAUCGAUCGAUGACUCCGGAUGAUUAUCCUCGACGUUUACAAUAUUCUCCUCCUGCGGCAGAAACUCCUCCUUUAAUAUCUACUCCAUGUGAAUUUUUAAAAGAACCUAGACCUCGUUAUCUUGAAGAGCCAAGGUUUUCAUCUUCAGCUUCAUCGUCAUCUUCGGCGAGCGUAGAUAGUAGUGGCAGUAGAUAUCAUAGAGAUUAUAAUGCAUCACAUAAUCGUAAUGUAACUUCGAAUAAUUAUAAUCAAAGGAAUACAAGUUAUUCAUCACCUUAUUUAAAUGUAUACGAUGGUGGCAUCCGACAUGUCCCAACUUUAUCACAAACUGAAAGGAUUCGCCGAAUAAAUUCAAUCAAGUCAAAUCAUUCAAGAAAUGAUCAUUUAUCGAGAAUUUCCUCCAAAAGAAGUGAUUCUAAGUUGGUUGCUGGUGCCAAUCCUCCUCCUCCUAAUAAAUAUCAAAAGGGUAAUAAAAAAAUGUCAACAAAUGAAUAUCAUAAAUAUCAACAAGAGAUGGUUUCCGCUCAAUAUUUAAAACAUGGAAUUAAUCCUGUUAUUGAUGAAUCUAUUCCUGAUCAUUUUGAGCCUAAUCUGUCUCGAAUGGGACCUACUUAUGUUCAAAGAGAAUUCAUGAAUGCACCUUCAACUAGACUUAAAAAACGUCUCAGUGUAAAGGAUAGUCAAGUAAGAAAUACUUCUUAUACACAAACCGGUAGUAGUGAAUCUAGUGAUUACUUUAGAACAUCAUCAGAAUCUAGUAUACAACCACGAAUAAACCAUAGAUAUUCUAAACACCACCAUACUCCACUUCAUUUGCACUCUAUUCACUCAUCUUCAAGUGGUAGUGGUAGUGGUGGACCACCUACUCCUACGAGUCGAAGAUCUAGUGUGAUGUUUGGUUCUAACUUUAGUAGUAGUAGAUCAAGUACUCCUUCUUCU